AUGAAAAGACCAUUUGUUCAGGAGGGUGUCCCGAUCAAACACAGAAGGGUUGGAGCCCCUGCUGGUUUCGACUUCCUUGCUCUUCCCUUCGAUACACAGAAUCUCAUCUUUCGUCAUCUAGAACCUCGUGAUAUCAUCAGUCUUUCUUGUAUGGACUCCAUGCAUAGAAAGUACUUGUCUCCGUUUAUUUUCCAGAAUAUCAAAGCUACGUGGCAGAAGCUUCUCUUUGAGAACGAUAAGCCGAUCCAAGAGAGGUUCUUCACCAAACAUUCCCAUUACAUUGAACAAAUUCGAAUUAUAGACUGCUACUCAUUUGGGGAGUUUCAUGUAGACAUCUUCACUAAAAUCUUCAACCAGCAUUUGUUACCCCGACUCGAGCACUUACUUGUUAACUCAAGCAACUCGUCCAACUGGUUGAAAUAUAGACAAAACGACAGCAUCCGCAAAAUCACGCUCUACUUCGAAAAGGACCAUUUCGAGACCCAGAACGAGUUCUUAUCAUCGAAUCCUAAGAAUAUUCGCCAGAUAGUGAAAAGCACAAGCAACAAUACAAGCCCCAGAAUCUUCCAUUUGAACCAUGUACACUUGUUCACGAGCUUAACAAAGUUGGUGUUAAACAAUUACCACUUCAACUGGGGUUUAGACGAAGAGAUCUCGACCCAGCAUUUGCAAGAGUUACGACUCCACAAUUGCACAUGGGAAUAUCCAUUCCAGUUGUCGCAGUUCAACAUCAACCACCAGUUGAAGGUGUUGUCAUUGAACUACUCUCGUAACAACCCUUUUGUACUCUCUGAAAGAUUCAACGUCUUCUUACUUACUGAUGAUACCGGAGGUUUGGCUAGUUUAGACCAGUUGGAAAUCAAUAUUGCUACCGAGAACUUGAUAACUCAGACGUCUGUUCCUUCUACAGCGGUAUCUUCAUUCGGAAGAGUCUGGUCGUCUAGGUUAUUCUGCAAGUUCAUCAACAGAAUGUCUUUUCCCAGCUUGCGCAUAUUGAUCUGCCAUGGAUGGCUGAUCAACCUCCACAACUUCAGAUCGCUUCUUGCUACGUUGAAUAGAGAAGAUAACAACUUGGUAAAGUUAGACCUUUUGCUAGUGGACCCUUCAGACAACUACGACUUGAAGCUUAUAGAACAGAUAAAGAAGGAAUCGCAGAUCCUCUUCCCCUGGAUGAAAUUGAACUUGAAGUUGACAGACGACAAGAUCAUAGAAAGCGUAUAA